GGCAGCCGUAAAGUGUCAGAGGCGGUGCCACCCCCGCCGGGUUCUCCUACGCGAUGGCGGGCAGCGAGCCGCGCGUCCACUAUCUGGCGGGCUUCUCCUGUCCGCUCGGAGGCCUGACGUCGGGCAAGCCCCGCGUGCUGUGCCACGAGGAGGAGGUUUUCCUGUCCACAGGGAGCGAAUUUGUCUACGUAUAUGACCAAGAGGGCGGGCUGCUGACCGCGGUGUACCAGUUCCCCGACCAGGUGUGGCACCUGCAGCUCCUGGCCCUUCGCAGGGCACUCUACGUUCUGUGCGCCCGGAGGGGCAUCUACUGCUUGUCAUUGGAGCCCCGGAGACGAUGGUCUUCGAGCCAGACAAGUGAGGACAACAAGGACAGUGAAGCCUCUUCCCCAGUGAUCACUGUGGACCCCGAGGCCUGCGUCCUCCCAGAUACCACACUCUGUGCAUUUACUGUGCAUGAUGAUGUUCUUGUGGCCCUGGUGCAGGGCCCUGCCCAGUGGAAAAUGCAGCUGUUUGAACGUCCUCGUCCAGGGGAGGACUGCCAGCCAGGAGGCCUGGUUGGUGAAGUGGAGUUAUCCACCUCUACCCCACCAGCUGGGCCUCCAGGGAAAGCGACAGUCCCCUGCUUCCUCCCCGUGCUGUGCUGUGUGUCACCACCAGGCUCCAAGGUGCCACUCGGCCAUCCCCAAGGCUGCGGGGGCUUCAUGUUGGAAAAGGCUCUCUUUGGGCUACUCUUUGGAGCAGAUGCCACUCUGUUGGAGUCACCUGUGAUCCUCUGUGGUCUCCCUGAUGGGCAACUCUGCUGUGUGGUCUUAAAGGCUCUGGUCACUUCUCAGUCAGCCCCUGGUGACCCAAAGGCCCUUGUCAAGAUCCUCCAUCACCUGGAGGAGCCCGUUGUCUUCAUGGGAGCCUUGAAGACAGAGCCUCAGGCUGAGGCAGCUGUGGAGAGUGUGCUGUCCUGUGAAGACGUAUACUCAGACUGUUUGGUGGCCCUUGGUCACCAUGGCCGGACAUUGGCCAUCAAGGCCAGCUGGGACAAGUCAGGGAAUCUGGUACCAGAGCUUCGAGAGUACUGCCUCCCAGGACCUGUGCUUUGUGCUGCCUGCAGUGGGGGCAGCCGCAUGUACCACAGCACCCCUUCAGAUCUGUGCGUCGUAGACCUGGCUCUGGGAGGUAUCCCCUUGAACUCUGAGCAGCCACAACCUGAUGGAGUCCCUGGAGGCCUGCCUCCCUUGCUCUGCCCAGCCAGCUUGAGCAUCUGUAGUGUCCUUACCCUCUCUGUGUUACCUAAUACACCUGCAGGUGACACUGAGCUGCUGGCCCUGUCUACCAAAGGCUGCCUGAUGACCUGCCGGCUAGAGCUGAGCUCUGAGAUGCCUGGUCCCACCAGAAUGACUACAGAAAACACAGGCCAGAAAAUCAAGGAGCUGCUGUCUGGGAUUGGCGACGUCUCUGAGAGAGUGUCCUUUUUGAAGAAAGCUGUUGACCAGCGGAACAAGGCCCUGACAAGCCUCAACGAGGCCAUGAACGUAAGCUGUGCCCUACUGUCUAGCCGGGAGGGCCCCCCACCCAUCUCGUGCACCACCACCACUGCCUGGAGCCGCCUGCAGCUGCAGGACGUGCUGAUGGCCACCUGUCUGCUGGAGAACCACAGUGACUUCAGCCUGGACCAGGGCUGGACCUUGUGCAUCCAGGUGCUCACCAGCUCUUCUGCCUUGGACCUGGAUUCUGCCGGUUCAGCUGUCACUUACACCAUCCCUGUGGACAGGCUUGGCCCCGGCAGUCAGCGUGAAGUCACGCUGCCCCUGGGCCCCAGUGAAAGCGGUGUGCUUGACUUGCCCGUGACUGUGUCGUGCACACUAUUCUACAGCCUCAAGGAGGUAGUAGGUGGGGCCCUCACCCCCUCGGAUCCUCUGGAAGACCCCUUUCUGGAGGAACAGCCCCUCGAUCUCCUUCCAGAGCAGGAGGGCAUCUGCCUGCCCCUAAGCAGGCAGACAGUGGACAUGCUGCAGUGUCUACGUUUCCCCAGCCUGGCCCCACUCUGUGCACGCACACCCUGCCCACUCGGCCCUGCUGCUGACCUAGUGGACACGUUCCUGGAGACGUGCCGAGCUCCAAGCAGUGAGGUGGCAGGCCCUGCAGCUCUGCGGGCUAAGUACCUCCCCCCGUCCACAGCCUCCAUCAGAGUGUCGACAGAGCUCCUCAGGGCUGCCCUGGAGGACACUCACUCAGGUGUUCCCCUGUGCAGUGCCACCCUGCAGUGGCUCCUCGCAGAGAAUGCUGCUGUGGAUAUUGUGAGAGCCCAAGCGCUGUCUUCUGUUCAGGGCGUGGCCCCUGAUGGCACUGAUGUCCAUCUCAUCGUCCGUGAGGUGGCUGUGACUGACCUGUGCCUGGCAGGACCCAUUCAGGCUGUAGAGAUCCAAGUGGAGAGCUCUUCUCUGGCGGACAUGUGCAGGGCACACCAUGCGAUUGUCAGGCGCAUGCAGACAAUGGUCAUGGAGCAGGCUGCCCGGGGCUCCAGCCCACCUGACCUCCGUGUGCAGUAUCUCCGUCAGAUCCAUGCCAACCAUGAGGCGCUGCUGCGUGAGGUACAGACCCUGCGUGACCGGCUCUGCACCGAGGAUGAGGCUGGCUCCUGUGCCACAGCCCAGCGGCUCCUCCAGGUGUACAAGCAGCUGCGCAGCCCCAGCCUAGUCCUGCUGUGAGCAGCUGCUGGACCACUGCUCAUCACAGCGGGGUGCUGCGCCCCUGGUGUCCCAGGGCUGCUGCACAGCACCCCCUCCGACUGGACAUUACGGACCUCAGCUGGAACCACUGCUGGCCCAGUGGGCAGGCCAUGGAGACACAGGGUUUCUGGGGUCAGGACUGGGGGUUUGUAACUGUUGUCCUUGCUACUUCCGCCACACCCCAGCAGUACCAGUGGCCCCUCUGGGGGAAGGGUGCUCCCUGCAACCAAAGCACAAAUCCCUGUAAACCAGUGUUUCUUGCUGUGCUGAGAAAGGACCCUCAUGGCCAGAACCUCAGCAGGAAGGUGCCUGCCACCACUGCUGUGCCCAGCACUGUGCUCUUUCCAGGGUCACCUGGGGCAGGGCCUGUGGCCGCAGCCUGCCCCUUAGCCUGGUGCUGUUUUUACUACUGAGGGUGACCACAUCUGGACCCUGCCAUGCUCCGUGCCACUCCUGCUGUGAGCUGUCUGUGAUGAGCCUGUGCAGGUGCUGUGAGGUGCUUUAAUGACAAGCGACCCUUUCUGUUGA